AAAAAUACAUCUUUUUGAGUAAUGUUUUGAAGCCCACAGUGAGUGAGUUACUUAUUGUCAGAUGCAAGCAUCUCAGGGACCUCAAAGGCCAUGUGGUGUACAUAAAUUGUACAAUCAGCCAAUGCAGCAAGUUCAGCAAUACUACACCCCUUGCCAUGCUUCUGACAACAGCAAUUUUAACGAUGGUAGCAACUCCGGAACAGAGGUUUCUUUAAAGACACAGAAUGAAAAGUUCUUCACUAUGGACUCAUUCCCGGCUACUGACUGUGCCAUCUACGAUGCAGAUCCUUCCGUAAGCGUCUCUUCCAACAGGAGUCCUUUCUCUCCUCAAUGUUCUCAGUCAAACAUGUUUGAGCAACGUCGUUCUUACGAGAACACUUCUGGUUCACCUGUAAGUUUGUGUUCAGGAGUUGAUGACAGCAACGGAAAGAAGCAUGAGCUGCGGGAACUGAAUAAUAAUUUGCUAAGGCCUGAAUCCGAUAUUGAUGACAGCUGCAGUUGCUCGUUAAAUGGUGUAGUCUCAAAACAUUUUUCCUUGACAAGGCAGAACCAAGUAUUGGAUGUAGCCUCAAGAUUGGACUUGAAAGAGUUGCUUGUUGCCUGUGCUGAAGCAGUAGAUGAAGCUGAUACCUCGACUGCAGAAGUUCUGAUGAAUGUUUUGGAGAAAAGGGUAUCGGUUUCUGGGGAACCUAUGCAACGACUCAGUGCAUACAUGUUGGAAGGUCUAAAAGCACGAUUAUUGUCCUCCGGAAGUAACAUAUACAAAAAACUUAAAUGCAACGAACCAACUAGCUCAGAAUUGUUGUCCUACAUGCAAGUUCUCUAUCACAUCACCCCUUACUUCAAGUUCGCUUAUAUGUCCGCCAAUGUUGUCAUAAGCGAAGCCAUGAAGAACGAGAAUAGAAUCCAUAUCAUUGAUUUUCAAAUUGCACAGGGAAGUCAAUGGAUGUUCCUCAUCCACUAUCUGGCUCGUCGGCCUGGUGGUCCGCCAUUUCUCCGCAUCACAGGCGUUGAUGAUUCCCAAUCAGCUCAUGCACGCGGUGGUGGACUUCAGCUAGUCGGCGAAAGGUUAGCGAGCAUUGCCAAGUCCUGCGGAGUGCCUUUCGAAUUCCAUAAUGCUGCAUUGUCAGGCUGUAAGGUCAAACUAGAGAACCUACGAGUUAGACAUGGAGAAAGCCUGGCAGUUAACUUCCCUUACAUGUUGCACCACAUGCCAGACGAGAGCGUAAGCACUAUGAACCAUCGAGACCGCCUAUUAAGACUAGUCAAGAGCUUGUCUCCCAAAAUCGUGGCCCUAGUUGAACAAGAAAUGAACACCAAUACUGCCCCUUUCCUUCCAAGGUUCCGUGAAACUCUAGAUUACCACAAAGCAAUGUUCGAAUCAGUCGAUGUAACUCGCCCGAGGAAUGACAUGCAGCGGAUCAGAUCAGAGGAGCAUUGUAUUGCACGGGAUGUUGUCAAUCUCAUAGCAUGUGAAGGGGCUGAUAGAGUGGAAAGGCAUGAAGUUUUUGGCAAGUGGAGGUCAAGACUUUUGAUGGCUGGAUUUACACCAUGCCCACUGAGUCCAUCGGUUGCUGAGACCAUCAAGGUCAUGCUGAAGGAGUAUAGCUCAAAUUAUAGGCUUGCUGAAAGCCAGGGGGCGCUUUAUAUUGGAUGGAACAACAGAGCUUUAGCAACUUCUUCUGCUUGGCAAUUACCUCAUUCGUUGCCUUUGGGAUCUUGAUAUUAGCAUUUGGAAGAACAGAAGAGCCGAGACUGUUUCUUUGAAACUUUUUUCUUGUUAGAGAGGUAAGUCUCUGAAAUCUCGAGCUUGUAAAUCCCAGUGUAGGAAUU